GCACCUGCAUGGAUUAUCCAUGCAAAAAAAACGAAAUAUGUUUCGCAGGCCACAAAUCCAACACACCCCUCUGUAAGUGCAUCAGAGGUAAGUGAACCCGGUGUAAUUUUCUAGUUUGUCAGCCAUAAAGUAAUGUACUUUAGGAGAAUUGUGGUAAAGUAGCUCAAAAAGAAGAGAGUUUCGAAAAGAUGUGAGGACAAUAUAUGACAUAUACAGUUUUCGCUUUGCUGGCAAUCGUUACAACAGACAAUUUGUAUAUAUUUUUUGUCAAAGCGUUCUACUUUCGCGUUUUGUUAUUUUCUAGAUUGCCUCAAGAACUGUCUAGACUAUUAUCAAAAUGGUUCCAAAACCGACGGUGUGUACUGGGUUUACCCUGAUGACGAAGAACCUUUUCAAGUGCUGUGUGACAUGACAACUAAUGGUGGAGGAUGGACCACCUUUCAAAGGCGCAUGGAUGGUUCUGUAGACUUUUAUGUCGACUGGGAAUCAUACAAAAGAGGCUUUGGAAAUCUGGAGGGCGAGUUUUGGCUCGGAAACGAUUAUCUUCACCGUCUGACUGCGUCUGCUAACAUGGUGUUUCGAAUUGAUAUGAAGGAUUACGAAGGCGACCGACGAUUUGCCGAGUACACUACUUUCGCUGUGGCCGACGAAAGCGUAGAUUAUCGGGUGACGAUCGACGGGUAUCGAGGCACCGCAGGCAACGCAUUGGCACCAUCUGACAGAAAUGGUAUCAGGUUUGUUACAGGCAUUUCAGUUUUUCGUGCCAUGUAGAAUGAAUAGAAUAUCUCCUUCCCAAAAAAAUGAAUAAAAUAGUUAUGACCGUCUAAAAGUGAAGAUCCCAAUAUUUAAGUUGAUCAGCUCUUUCUACAUAUACGGAGGAAGCAUCAAUGCGGAAUGAUCGUAUUUCACUAUUCAUUGAUAUAUGCACCAUUGCUGAUGAGACAAUCUAACUCCAAGUAUAUUGCUGACCAUAAUUGCUCCUUUUAUAUUGUAUGUAUCGCCCUAUGCUUCAUUUUUGGCAUCACGAUACCUUUCUGUUUCCUGUUCAAGGAAUCAUUCCUCGUACACUUUUCUGACAAUGCAGCGCUUCUUGGAUAUUUCUGACGAAGCAAUUCUACCAGUAACAUUGCUGUCCAGCUUCUCGUCAGUUUCUUACAAAAUUCUUUUUUCGUCAUAGAAAUAUGAGCUUCACAACCAGGGACAGAGACAACGACGUUUAUCAAGGUGGAAACUGUGCAGUGGUAUAUAGAGGUGGCUGGUGGUAUAGUGCCUGCCAUAACGCAAAUCCAAAUGGCUUGUACCAAGGUGGAAGUAGCGCACAAGGAAUUACCUGGGCACUAUUUCGAAGACAAGAUUAUUCGUUAAAACACAUUGAGAUCAAACUUCGACCUGCAUGA